GGUUGAAUGACAAUACAUAAUGGAAAGUAAACAGCCUAAUACGUGGGCUACCACAGACAACAGGUUGAUGUGAAUGAACGUACUCUAGGUUGUUGCGCUCUGAUAGACGAUGUUACCAGCACCAAGUUAGGUCUGUGUAACAAAAAAAAAAGAUCAAACAUUAGGCUACAUUACUAAGCACCAAAAAUACAGACAGAUAGCACAUGAACUGAGAAUCACUGGAUAGGUCGUGUUUCCGAAGGGUUAAACCAAUAAGAGCUCGGUAUCCCUCUUCGAUAUUGUGGAAUGCAGUUGUGCUGCGGAGAGACGGAGUUGGCAAACCAGAAAAUCAUCGCGCGCCCUACCACAUUUUCCGCAAUCCUUGAAGAAUUCUGUUACUUCCCUUUUGAGCAGGUGCACUUAAUCAACAUGACCGCAGGAUUGGAAAAGGCAUGCCACCGCUGCCUGUCUAAAGUAGCCAGUAAUGCGUACUUUGUGGUGGGACUUUUGGCUUUCUUGGCAUUGCCCCUCACAAUGGCACUUGUUGGAGCAAAAAACAUUGAUGAGUGCCCAGUUCAGCCAAUGAUCCCUCUCUACCUGUUAGUGGGGGGAGUGGUUGGCAGCAUUAAGGUCUCCCUCCUUCUAUACGACAUAAUGCACAUUCGCUCCCUCAUCUCUAAAUCUGUUGUCAUUGGCGAUGAUGAUGCUGACGAGUAUCCGUGGCGACAGAACGCUCAUCGUUACUACGUCCAUGUGAUCCUGAGCAUCUUCCUGUUUGUGUGGUUCCUUCUGGCUAACUACUGGGUGUUCUCGGUCUACACGCCUAACUUCAUCGCGCCCUUCCAUCAGCCCCACGAGUACUGCAGGAAGUCUCUGUACAUGUUUGCGGUGUUCGUCCUGGGCCUCAGUCACAUCGUGCUCGUCCUGCUCCUCUGCUGUGGGGUGUGGAUGCGUGUGUGCCACAGAACCAGUACUCGCAAUGACUAUGGGGAUGAUGAUGAUGAUGAUGAUGAUGAUCAUGAUUGAGGAGUCUUCUGUUAUUGAUAAUACUAGCCCAGAGACAACCAUCAUGGUCCUGAGUCCUAAGAAGAUGCCCUUACAGACAUCAGUUGAACUUACUGUUACCUGGAGAUGUUUGUUGUGUUAUUUGUGCAUGAUGUCAUGUGACACAGUCAAUGCCUGUCAGAAAGAAAAAUAUUUAGAUGAACUGCCUUGUGAUUGUAAGAUACUGCUAAGUUAUUUUGGUGUACAGCUCAAACUGUAACUGAUAGUAUUGUUUAUUUGUUCCAGAUGGGUACUGUAGCUUUUUAUAUCUUUAGCCUACAUACCCUGGCUGGUACCACAUGGCUCCGGACUUAACGAUAAACACUUUCAUUUUAGUUUACUGCUAUAGAUGUUCAUUUGUGAUGACCUUUGAGUUUUCCACCUAGAGCAUAACGUAACUAAUUAUUUGGUAUUCACAGUUGUACGGCAAAUAAUUAUUUAAAAUGCAAAGUGUUUAUAUUUAGACCUACAUCCUUUGGAACCAGAGAUGGUUGAGAAAACAUUCUAAAGGAUCUUUGGUUAGCCUAUUUCAUAAGCUGUUGACUUUUUUGGGGGUAAAAAAACUCCUUGUUAACUAUUUUGAUUAGAAUAAAGUUUUUGAUCCACUUAGGAGCA